GGGUGACCUUUCUGCAGGUAUUCUACUUGCUCCAUUUGCGAGUCUUCUUUGAUUGCAUGGCCCGGGUCGGAUGGGGGUCGUCUCGAUGAGUGGGCAAUUCGAGGUUGAAAUCGGCCAAAUGCUCCGUGGAUCUCUACCUCAUUUAUUCAGGCAACCAGCUAUUCGGUUUCAGAGCCCUCCGGGAUCGACUGUCAGGGUCCUUGUCGUGAGAGCUGAGGGGGCCGGCUAAGAUGUCAUUGCUGCACAGCUCCCCCGCAGCUAGCAUCAUAACAACGCCGCAAUCUUCGAUAUGGAAAGUGUGACUGCGCAAAGAAGCGCAUCGACGCUGAAACUAUCAGCGGUGAACUCACAAUGAUGUAAUCAAGCACCGCAGCCCCCAAUGGUACAAAAUGCAGCCUCACCUGCUCACCUCAGUACCAACUGAGCGCCAAGCAACCAAAACGGCUCGACACAACUCCUACCUCGAACGUAACAACGAGAAAACUAACUCUACGAUGUCUUCAGGCGUCACCGGCAAGAGCGAGGACAUCUCUGCCUCCAAGAUCCAGCCCCUCGACUCGAGCCUCAAGCAAAAUGAGCCUCACGACAUGAGCGCCCGCGGCUCAGCAGGCACCGAUUCCGCCAUCGACAAAGCGAGGAUCGACCCUCUCGGAGGACGAGGCAAAUACCAACACCCAGAGCCGCACGCAAGCGCGGGCUCCGUCGGAACAGACGAGACCGUUCAUGGUACCAAGCUCGAACCACUGGAUGGAAAAGCGGGAGAGAGCACAAGGAAGAACCCAGGCUUCUCGGACGAGGCCGUGGAUCCGGCGAGGAUUGAACCGUUGGGCGAGGUGAGGGAGGAGAUGGAUCCGCAGGGUCGUCGCUAGCCUUAAUCGCCGGCAUAGAUCGACUGGGAAUCUAAAUUGCGGAAGCACAUGGUUGAGGACUUCUCUCAAAAAGUAGGCAUACGUCCUGCUAGAUGCUAUGCAGGGAAAAUGAUAUCAUAAAC